AUGCCUACUGAUAAUACUGAUAUGCAUCCAGAGAAUGAGAGUGAUAGUGGAGACGAAGAAGAUAGCAUGGAUGCUGAUGGAUCCAUACGAAGUAUUGAAGCUUCUGAAGGGUGGACAACAUUUAGAAAUCAUUUAGCACUUGAGAUCAUGGAGACUUCAAAAGGAAGAGGUCCAGGACAAAAUAAAAGAUUUUGGAGCGAAGAUGAAGACAAACACUUGAUUGAAGCACUUAUGGAACUGAAUAAUGAAGGGAAGUUUAAAGCUGAAGGAAAUUUCAGGCCAGGUCAUCUUAGAGCUCUUGAGAUGAAAUUAAUGGAGCGGAUGCCUGCAUGUGAUAUACAAGCUAAGCCACACAUUGAGUCUAGAAUGAAGACUCAUUUUCAAGUGGUUCAUGAAAUGUUGACUGAACCAUUUUGUAGCGGAUUUGGGUGGGACAACGACAGAAAAACUGUUACUGCAGAAAAGUCAGUGUGGGAAGCAUAUUUGCAGAGUCACAAAGAAGCAACCCCCCUCAAGAUCAAGUCAUUCCCUUGGUAUGAUGACUUAUGUAUGGUUUUUGGCAAGGAUCUUGCAACUGGAAAAAAUGCGGAGACUACAGCAGAUGUUGUUGAAGAACUUCAAACUGAAGAAGAAAACACUACUCUUGGAGAAGAUGAUUUCAACUAUGCUAACAAUGUGGAUGAAGUGCCAGCUAUGUCUGUUUCAGAUGCAACAAGAGGUGCUCAAUCUCACACUCAAUCAGAUGGGUCUUCAAAGAAGAAAAGGAAAACUGUAAAUCAUGAAGAACUUUCAGAUGCACUCACACAAUUAGCUUGUAUUAUCGCAAGAGAAAUUGAAAAAGCUUAUAUUCGUUUGAGUAAAGCUAUUGGUGAAGACAUGAAUGAAAAUCAUAUGCAACUUGGGAAAGAUGUCCCAGAUAAUGAGAAGGAUGAAUGGGUGACACUUCUUCUUGAUGACUCUCUCUAA